AUGGUUAGAUUAUUUUCAAGUAAAUCAAAGAAACAAGAUGAUCCAAAUGCAAUAAAUAAUGCCUUUCAAGUGGUAUUAGAUGAAGUUGGUGUACCAGAAACUGAAAGAAAAGCGUUGAUGGAUUUAGAUGUAGAAAGAAAACAACAACUUAUUACAUCAUUUAAGAAUAAAGCAAUUUCAAAAAAAGAUUAUGGAUCUAGUCAUAAGAAAUCUACAAGUAAACCAGUCAGCCAUUCGCCUCAGUAUUUCGUGGAGGGUCUGAAGAGUAACCCAUCAAAAGAGGUACUCACUUCACUACGUGUCAGACUUGGAAAUCAACCUUUGAAAUGGCUAAAGGAAUUCAUUGCAAUUGAUGGUGUUGCUUUAUUAAUUAAAGUUUUAUCUACAUUUGAAAUCAAACCAAAUAAAACACCGGAUGAUAUAUUAAUUAUUGCACAAUGUUUACAUUCUUUAAAGUUGAUUAUGAAUAAUAGAAUCGGUUUGGAUGCAGUCAUAAAGAUUCCCAACAGUAUUGGAUCGAUUUCAUUGCUGUUGGAUACACCGCAUAUCGCUACAGAGCUACGAAAGAAUGCCAAUCCAGACUUGCAGACUCAACUCGAUCUCUUUGAGCAAGAGGCGCGUUGGGACGAGCAAGAACAAGCCGAGAAUAUUCGUGGUGACCAAUCCGAUGACAAUCCAAACUCGCUGUUGAGACAGUUGACCGAACGUACUACUGGCGGUCCUUUGUAUCCGGCAUUCAUCUCCAUCAUGAAACUGAUGCUAAAGAAUGCAACGGAAGAUGAUACCAGCGAUGAAGAGUGUCUUUCGAAUUUCAUCUUUGUCGAGAAGAUACUGAAUAAGAUGAAUGGAGGUGAUAUUAGUAGCGAUGAUCUCAAUGGAUUCUUUGGUGAUAUGACUGGUGGCGGUGGUGUUGGCGGUACCAUCGACAUUGCCAAUGUGUCGUCGGAGAAGGCCGUUCUCAUUCAGAAGGAAAUAGAGGAUCUGAGAAAGGAGAAGAAGAAAUCCGCUGAGAAAUUGCAUGAGAAGGACAUACUACUGACAAAGUUGGCAAAGCGAUUGAAGAGAUUGACCGAUGCCAUUAAGAAUGGAACCGCUGAAGAGGCACUCAAAGAAGAGGAGGAGUUGGAAAGCGAUCUAGUCAAAGUGGCAUCGACUUCCACUGGCGUAGGAGCAAAGGCAGGCUUGCAGACAGUGAAAUCCGGUCUCGAUACCAAUCAAUUGAUCAGGGCGAAAGCUCCUACUGGUGAAGUGACCAACUUCCUCUCUGGACUAUCCGGUGAAGAUACCGACGCUUCUGCUGAUCCCGCCGCUGCUUCCGGUGGUAUUCCUUUGCCUCCAGGAGUGCCUCCACCUCCACCACCACCCGGACUGAAAGCGCCAGCCACACCUGAGCGAUGCUCACGUCCUCCCAAUGUCAAACUAAAGAGUUACCAAUGGAACAAGUAUCGUACAAGAAACAUACCAAACACUUUCUGGACCAAGGUCAACUACUCCAAGUACGAUGAUUCCCUUCCCUACGAACAGAUUGAAACACUGUUUGCUGCGGCAAUCUUUGAGAAGAAGCAAUCGGAGCAAAAGAAAGGUGAUGUUACUGUGAUCGAUCCGAAACGUGCACAAAACAUCGGAAUUCUGCUCUCGCGUUUCAAGGGUAUCUCCUAUGACACUCUCUACGAUGCCAUCUACAAUCUUGACGACAAGGUACUAGAUCUUGAAACGAUCAAUCAGAUGAUAAAGUAUGUACCUACCAAGGAGGAGAUAGAUGCUAUCAAAGCAUUCAAUUCCGCCAACGAAGCCAAACCCGUUGAAGAGCGUCUUAAACUCGGCAAAGCAGAGUUGUUUAUCGAUAAGAUAUCGGAUAUUCCAAGAUUGACACAACGUAUACAGGCACUCCAUUUCAAAUUAAACUUCCCAGAGAAGUUGUACCAUGCCAAGCCAGACAUUAGAACAUUCAAUGAAGCAAUGAUGGAUUUACAAAAUGAGAAAUUAUUUUCUGUUAUGGAGUUAAUUCUUUCAAUUGGUAAUUUCAUAAACUAUGGUACAAAUAGAGGAAAUGCUUCUGGUUUCAAGAUUGACAGUAUUAACAAGAUGGCUGAUACUAAGUCAAAUGUCAAGGACAAAUACAAUUUGGUUCACUUUUUAGUUGAAUUAAUCAUGUCUAUCAAUCCAAAUAUACUUAAUUUCUCUGAAGAAAUUCCAAAGGUCGCUGAUGCCGCAACACUAUCAUUUUCAACAUCAACCUCUGAAAUUAGAUUGUUAAAGGCUGGCUUGAUUAAAUUGGAAAAGGAGUUAUUUGAAGGAAAGAAAGAAGAGGAAGAAGAGGAAUCAGAAAAGAAAGAAGGUGAUGAAGCCGAAGGUGAAGGAGAUGGCGAAGCUAAGGAACCACCAAAAGAAAAGCCAGUCAAAGUAUCACAAGUAUCUCCACUUGAUGAUAAUGAUCCAUUUAGAUUACAAUUAUCAGAAUUCAUAUUAUCAGCUAAAACUGAAUUGUCAGAUGCAGAAUCAUUAUUAGGAGAAACUGAAAUUCUUUAUACAAAGGUUACCAAGUUCUUCGGUGAAGAUACUUCAAGACCGAUGGAGGAGUUCUGUGCUAUCUUUAAGCGAUUCUCUGAUACCUUCCAGAAUGCCAAGAAGGAUUUGGACAGAGAGAAGGAAUUGACUGAAAAGGCAAACAACAGAAAGAAUCAGAAACUCACUGCUGCCGCCAACAAAGCCUCACCAUCAAAGACCACUCCUAAUCUUGCCAAGUCAAAGUCCAGUCGACUUGGUAUGCUAAAGAAAGGACUUAAGAGAUCGGUUGGCUCUGAGAGUGAAAGUAGCAGCUCCAACGAAGAUGAAGAUGCCAUCAGAGAGUACAUAAACUCGUUGGAAACUGCCAGUCCAGGUACACACAGUGAUUCGACCGAUGGCGAAGGAAUGAUGGAUGAUGUACUCAACCUCAUUCGAGACGGUGACUUUAGAACCAUCAGAAGACAGCACCUCUCCAAGGGUAACAAGAUAAGACCACCAAAACCUAAACCACAUAUCCCUGAGGAUACCAUGUCUACCUACUCCUCUGCAUCCUCGAGAUUCGACGCAGAACCUCUUGAGGAGAGUGAAGAUGAUGGUUCAAUUGAUGACUUUUCAGAUGAUGACCACGAAGAUGAUGAGAAUGAAGAAGAAGAGGAUGAUGAUGGUGAUGGUGAUGAUGAUGAUGAUGAGGAUGAAGAAGAAGAGGAUGAUGAUAGUGAUGAUGAAGAAGAAGAAGAAGAAGAUGAUAUUUUAGAAGAAUAA